UUUCGAUCGAUCUUAUACUUUAAGUCUGCUUGAUUUGAUUCCAGGACUAUGGACCCCGACGCGAAAGUUCUCUCGGAUCUUGAAACUCAGUUAGAUAAUAUAUUUAUGGUGCUUUCUUCGACGGGUUUGCAUGAUUCUGAUAUCUCAGAAUCGCAACAUGGGCUAAAUGACAAACAUAUGGCAUCGCUUCUAGACGCUUGCCGACAAAUGGACUCAUGGUUUAUUAAGAAGCGCCUCGCAUUAUCAACAUACUGCCAGGAAUAUGCUUUAAAAGAGGAGAUUGACGCCUUAAAUGCUGAGUGCAUAAGAAAAGAGAAGCUCGCUCAGGAAUUAAAAGGAAGAAUAGAAGACUACUCAAAGUCUAUCCAAGUUAUUAUAGAUCAGUUCUCAAAAGACCUACCAUAUUUCGCAUAAUGUACCUAUAUGUUGCCUUUUGGGUUGCUGUACGAACUUAUUGAGAAGCUACUUUUUACUUUUAUGAUUUCAAUACAUAUUUUAAAAGUAUGGCGUUGUUUAUUCAACUACUAGUAGGUACCCGUGGUACUCUCCAAGAAUGGACUGCUGUAUCUGUCACUGAUUUUUCCACUGAUUUCUACCUUCUCCACUGACUGGGUUUUCGGUUCGAGCACUGUUCUUGUUUAAGAAAUACUACACUUCAAUGCCCUAGCCUUUGACAGACAAGUUUAGCCGUUCUGUAUACAUUAUGUCGCCAUAUAGACCAUCAAAAGAUUUCACUCCUCGGGUUUAGUGUGUAAAUAGUGUGCUGUCAUCAGAUAUUACAUUAGCAUCACAGCAGGUAUGCUUCUAAAUGUCACUGUGGUUUCUCUGCUGUUCGUAUUUACAUUCGAACUAUAUUGGAUGUUGAGAAAUUGAAUAUUAUCCCAACGAAACAGAGGCUUUCUGCUUAUAUAUAACAACAUGUGACACGGCUUUUAGUACCUCAUGGUUGCACUUCGCUUUCAAGAGUAUAGUAUUCAAUAUUUAUCCACUUAUGCCACCGAUUUUAAGGGAUAAUCUAACAUGUUUCAAUAAAGCUAAUCUAUUUUAGUGUUUUAGUCGUGAACGGUCACUUAUUCUGGUGCUGUGAUGAAGUUCAGUUAAAGUGAAUAUCCUAUAGUCUUGUCAGUCGUUUCGGCAUCAUUAGGUUAGAAAUAAAGCUUCAACAUACAUUGAUGUUGGUAAUCACAGCACUACAGUUAAGUGUUGGUUACCCGACUCAUCAGGUUCCUCCUCAAUUGUACUGCAUCUCUGACUUUUCUAAUAAAUGUGACUAGUGUUGAGUACAGUAGUAGUGUCCUGUCGUACUUAUCAUAUCAUUCUUCCUACCAUUACCUCAUGAAAGUUAUUGUGUCUAAAGUCGACCAGUUAAGUAAGUUCCUUCUGGUCUUUCUGAGCUUAUAAUUAUUGGAUAUAUCAAACGAUGGAUGAAGUCUGACUAGUUUAACUAUCUACGACAGAUUUCAAUGUGAUAUUCCCUUGAAAAUAUAACUGUUGGAUUCUGCCAAGUUAAAAACUUAUCUAUAGCUUUUGGUCAACCAUCUUCAAUCCUCCAAUGUAGAACAGGAUAUACCGUUGAGUUAAUGAGCUUAGAGGUAACGUUACGACUAACUUUCAUAUUAUCAGUUCUGAAGUUUUAAUAGUACAAGAAUGAUGGUAUUUAAACUAUAAGUUUAGUAAAGAUGC